AUAUUUUUGAGUGAUUCGUGACGCACCAGCUCCGAACGGACAGGAUCAUUUCUACAGGCAAGAUGGCGACUUCGGAGCCGGUAAGCGAGAUCGAGAAUGCAUCUGAAACAGAAGAGCCCCAACCUGAAGUAAUCCCCACUGCACCACCUGUGGUCACUGAUUCCGAGCAGUACAUCAAACACCCCCUGCAAAACAAAUGGGCCCUGUGGUACUUCAAAAAUGACAAGAGCAAAAGCUGGACAGAGAACCUCCGUCUCAUCGCAAAGUUUGACACAGUGGAAGACUUCUGGGCAUUAUAUAACCACAUACAGCAGCCCAGUAAGUUAGGCUUCGGCUGUGACUACUGCUUAUUUAAGGAUGGGGUGAAGCCUAUGUGGGAGGAUGACAAGAACAAGCUGGGUGGGAGGUGGCUGAUGACCCUCAGCAAACAGCAGAGACCAAUCGACCUUGACCGCUACUGGAUGGAGACACUGUUGUGUUUAAUUGGCGAGUCGUUUGACGAGGCCAGUGAAGACGUGUGUGGAGCGGUGGUCAACGUCAGACCCAAGGGAGAUAAAAUAUCCAUCUGGACUGGGAACUGUCAGAACAAGGAAGCCAUCGUGGCGAUAGGACAACAGUAUAAAGAGCGCCUGAGUAUCCCCAUCAAGCUCCUGAUUGGCUACCAGUCGCAUGACGACACAUCUAGCAAGAGUGGUUCCACCACAAAGAACAUGUACUCAGUCUGAUCAACAACACCCACCCCCAACUCAACUACAAACCCACUAUAGCUGGGCGAUAUGGACCAAAAUCCAUAUCACGAUAAAUUGACUGAAUUCACGAUAAAUUGAAUGAUAAGUUUAUAACAUUAAUGUGCACCACAGUUAUUUUUUAUAUUACCCCUACAACUACUACUACUACUACUACUUUGAAUGUUGUUGCUAUCAAUUGUCCCAUUAAUAGUCACCCAUAUUAGCUCAUUUAUUUCAUUUGGAACUCCAAAUCUCUCUAGUAGGGUCCUAUGGGUAAUGAACGAUAUCAGCCAAAUGUCCACAGUAAGUGGUCAGUGUUGAUACUUUUCAGUUUAUCGUCCCAGCUCACUGCAUCACCAACACAUUCAUACUUUUCAGUUUAUCGUCCCAGCUCACUGCAUCACCAACACAUUCAUACUUUUCAGUUUAUCGUCCCAGCUCACUGCAUCACCAACACAUUCAUACUUUUCAGUUUAUCGUCCCAGCUCACUGCAUCACCAACACAUUCAUACUUUUCAGUUUUCAACUACUGUUCUCCUCUUUACAGACGAGAGAAUUGUUCAAACGUGUACAAAGUUAGGGCCACCUCCCUGACACCUGAUUGUCCGGCUGGCUAAAUGACGUAUCUUGUACAGAAGAAAAGGAGAACAGCUGAAGCGGUUGGGAUUUGAGCUAGAAGAUCUUAAAUAAAUUAUUUAAUUUUAGAAUUGGUGAGUAUAUGUGAAUAAUAAUGCCAGUGGCUUCCCCCCUACUCGUGUAGCUGGGAGAAGAUGUCGUUUAAGACCUGGUUAAAACACCUUCCUUUGCUGUAAACCCAAUUCCUUUUCUCAUGCAGAGUUUACUAUCACUUUCUGUUAUGAAAAGCGUUUCUCACCAACCACCCAGGAUAGGAAAAAGACCAGAUUAAUUGACUCAGAUUUUAAAGGGCAGCCAGCAUUUUAACCUGCUUUACCUGGUGGUGUUUAGCAUGAUAAGGGAUUGCAGAUGCACCUGCUACAGAAAAGACAACCGUAUCAAAAAAGCAAAACGUUUGUAAAGAAUAGUAGUGGUCACACGGUCUUAAGUGUGAACAUUUUGGAAGAAAGACCACGAAGUUCCAGCCAUGCUGGGAUUGAGGAUUGUUUGCUUGUAAAACUUUUUUCUCCCCCCUUUCCCUAUUUAUUUAUGAUAUAUCCAUUUGAGGUUAAACUACUUAGUUGGAGGGCAACCAUUAAAAAAAACUGAAUUCCCCUACACUAUUUUUUUUCUGUUGAGUUUUUUGUUAUUAAGGAUGUUAAUGACUUGGACUACUGCUUAAUAUAGAACCUUUUUUACAGUGUAUCAUAGCAAGUAAAGAUGCCUGGACAAGUUUUAGGUCUCUGCUUCUCACCGUUUUCUUCCUGUAACAUUUCGCACUACUCUCUGGGGCUGGUGCGAGUGGAGAAGAAAGGAUAUCUUCCUCUCUAUCCAUCGUUAAAUGAUUUUGCUCAUAAUGUAUCUUAAUGUAUAUUACCUUCUUUCAAGUAAAGGUUAAAUGCUUUGCAUUAAAACCAGAA